CCUUACCUACCUUCCGGUUUGGCCCUAAUUCUGACAGGAUUUAAAAUACAUUGGAGGAAAAGAGCGAGCAUAAUCCAAAUGCGCCCGGGAGAUGAAUAUGCUGAAUCAACGCUGGGUGGCGCCAGAGAGCAACAAAAGAACCCUGUGAGAGAGGGGGAGCGGAGCCGAGGGACUCUCUCAGGUUGUCUCCCUUUUCCAUUCCACUCUUUGCAGCCGCGUGAAUGGAUGGAUGUACGUUCGUGUGACCAUGUGAGCCACCUGUCAUGGCAGGGACGGAACCAGGAAAACUCCCUCGCUGGGAGGAGAUCCACGCUCGGCUCCACAGUCGCCUGGAUCCUUGAACGCAUCACUUCAACUUUAGCCGGUGCGCGCGGAAGAAAGUGAACCGGUUGCACGCCGUCACCAGGGCAGGCUGCCUGGAGGGGAGAGAGAAGAUUAUAGACGGCCGGGAUUGGGGGGGAAGCUGCCCCCUUUGGGAGAUUAUAGGCUUGAGCACAUGUGAAGGACAUAUACCGAAGAGGAUUAGGUCAUGUGCACUCCUGCCUACUUGUCAUCUCUCCCUCUCCGAACAUUUGCGCAAUGACCUUUGGCGCACUUGGAAUACAACGGACGCGUUUGAGGUGCCUGCAUUAUACUCAAGCUGCAAUGUGGUGUCAUCAACCAAGCUCCAAUCAGGUUGGCAGACAAUAAGUCUUGACAGAAGAUGCGACGGGGCCGAUGGUUUAUCAGAUGGCUGGCGACAGGAAUGGUCAUCCUGUCUUCGCUAAAAGCCGUCUGGGGCCAGGAUACGGACGAGUGUAAGCUGUCCCGGCCCGGCCCCCCAGCUACUAUUGUGACCAUCGACGAGGAGAGCCCAAACGGCACGGUUCUGGUGGAAAACAUGCAGAUAAACGGCCGCGCCCAGGACCCGGGCAGAACCAUCUCGUUGACUUUACUGGACAACCACGACUAUUGGGUCAUAUUGGAACCCACGCGGCAGAGGCUUUUCCUAAACAGCACCGGCCGCGUUUUGGACCGAGAUCCUCCCAACUACAUCACCACCAUCGUGGUUCAAGUUCAGUGCACCAACGAGCUGGUCGGUACCGUCAUUCUGCACGAGGUCCGGAUCGUGGUGAGGGACCGUAACGACAACACGCCGCGUUUUCAGCAUCCACGUUACUAUGUGGCUGUCAACGAGCUCACCCCGGUGGGAACGACCAUAUUUACUGGCUUCUCGGGAAGAAAUGGAGCCACCGACAUCGAUGAUGGGCCCAAUGGACAUAUAGAAUACAGCGUUCUCUACAAUGCCAAUGACCCGGAAUCCAACAGCACGGUGAGCGUGGCAAAUACCCUGUCGGGACACAUCGUUCUCGCUGAGAGGCUCAACUACGAGGAGAGAACACGCUACCUGGUUCUGAUCCAAGCCAACGACCGGGCGCCGUACCCUCCCAACAGACGCACGGCCACCACCACGUUGACGGUGGACGUUUUAGACGGCGACGAUCUCGGACCCAUGUUCCUCCCGUGCGUUUUGGUCAACAACACCCACGACUGCAACCCCCUCACCUACCGCGCCGCCAUCCCCGAACUCACCCAACCGAGCAAAUUAAACCCUCUCAAUGUGACCCCUCCCAUCCGGGCGGUGGACAUGGACAGAAACAUCCAACCGCCGUCAGACAGGCCCGGCGUGCGUUACUUCAUCUUGGUUGGCCAUCCGGCCGUGUAUCCUCAGUACUUCUCCUUGAACAAAACCACGGCAGAGCUUCACGUCCUGCAGCCCAUCAGCAGGGACUUGUAUCAAAGGUUCACGCUUGUUAUUAAGGCCGAACAGGACAACGGCCACCCCCUGCCGGCCUACGCCGACCUCAUCGUGGAAAUCCUCGACGAGAACAACCAGGCGCCGUACUUCCAAUUUGUCACCUACCAGGGCUACGUGAGCGAGUCGUCCCCGGUGGGCACCACCAUCUCGGCCGGGGUCAACCUCACCACGCCGCUGGGGAUCGUGGCGUUGGAUAACGACAUCGAGGAGACUCAAGACCCCAUGUUGAAGAUAACCCUGGGCGACCAAACGGACGUCUUCAGCUUGACCUCGGCCGGCAUAAUCCGCUACCUGAGGUUGCUGAAACCCGUCGACCGGGAGAAGCAGAUGACCUACACCUUCACGAUGGUGGCGUCGGACGGCGUCCAACGGAGCGGCCCCGUUACCGUCAACAUUUUAGUAAUCGACGCCAAUGACAACACGCCCACGUUUGCUCAGGUGUCAUACAGCGUGGACUUGUUCACAGACAUGCAACCUGGCGAGACGGUGCUGCAGUUAACGGCGGAAGAUGCUGACGAGGGGCUAAACGGACUGGUGACCUACGAGAUCCUGGCCGGGGCUCAGGGACAUUUUGUCAUUAACAAUCGCACGGGCCGCAUCACAGUGGCGCCCGGUGUCAGCCUCGCCGUCGGACGAUCUUUCGCGCUGACCGUCAAGGCGUCUGACAACGCGCCAGAGUCCCUCAGAAGGAGCUCCAUCACAACCGUCUAUAUCGAAGUGUUGCCACCCAACAACCAGAGUCCACCGCGAUUCCCUCUGCUCACGUACAACCUGGAGGUGAGCGAGGCCACGAGGAUCGGCGCCAUUCUGCUCAAUAUGCAGGCCACCGACCGAGAAAACGACCCCAUCGCAUAUCACAUCCAGAGCGGGGAUUCCCAGAAGGUGUUCAACCUCUCUGAAACGAUCGGUCUUCUCAUCUUGCAAAAAUCGCUGGACAGAGAAACCAACGAUCGCUACCGUCUGCUCGUCACUGCCUCGGAUGGCAACCCUGGAGGGACAUCAACAACAACAGUGGACAUAAUUGUGACGGACGUCAACGACAACGACCCCGAGUUUGACCCCGCCGCCCCCACAAACUUCACCGUCCAAGAAGAGGAGGCCAAUCUAUUUGUUGGCCAAGUCAAGGCCACAGAUCCAGACGCGGGGGCUAACGGCCAAGUCAGCUACCGUGUCGUCAAUCAUCCCGCCUUAUUCGUAAUCACCUCCAACGGCAGCAUCUACACUCGGGUACCGCUCGAUCGCGAGCUCAAGAGCAGCUACGAUGUGGUGAUCGAAGCGUCCGACGGGGCCGUGGACCCCCGCCGCACCACCUUGACCCUGACGGUGCAGGUGACGGAUAUCGACGACAACAGCCCGGUGUUCUCUCAGUCGACGUAUGUGGUCAACGUGCCCGAGAACAGCCCGGUCGGAACCGUCGUCCUGACGCUCAGCGCUACCGAUUCUGACCUCUUCUCCAACGUCACCUACCGGAUCAAGUCGGAAUCGGGCCGCCGGCUCUUCUCCCUGAACCCAAUCACCGGGGAGUUAGCCGUGCUGCAGACUCUGGACUUUGAGGAUCUGGCAGCGAUGGGAACGGGGGCGUCAUACACGUUUCAAGUGGAAGCGGUCGACCAGGGAGGCAUCACGGCCCCGGGGCAGGCUACGAUCACGGUGCGGAUCACGGAUAUGAACGACUUCUCCCCCGUCUUCAGCCAGCCGUUGUACACAGGCAUGGUGGCGCCCAACGCCGAGAAGGGGACGGUCAUCACCACCGUGUUCGCCGAGGACCGGGAUCCACCGGGCACGCCGGCUAGUUUUGUGCGCUACAGAGUGGACCAGGACAAGUCGCCGUACAGCGGGAGCAUCUUUGAUGUGGAAGAAGUCACCGGAAGGAUCGUCACCAAGGUCAACCUCAAUGAGGAGCCCAGCCUGACUUUUGAGUUGUUUGUCAUCGCCUUUGACGACGGCGAGCCCGUGAAGACCAACGGCACCUUGGUGGAGAUCACCGUCCUUCAACCUUCCCGCAUUCCCAUCUUUACCCAGGAGGAGUACAGGUUCCCGCCCGUUAGUGAGCUGGCGCCGGUGGGUACGCCAUUGGGGACCAUUCUCGCCGCCGCUAUCAACCAGACCAUCUACUACUCCAUCGUGGCAGGAAAUGAUUUAGGUCACUUCCGUGUGGAUAACAAAACGGGGGUCAUCUCAACCGCAAAGCCGCUGGACUACGAAAACGUGACCAGCUACGUCUUGAGGGUGCAGGCCGACUCGCUGCUGGUUGUCAUGUCCAACUUGCGUGUGCCUUCCAAAACCAACACGGCCAAGGUGUUCCUGGAGGUGCACGAUGAGAACGACCACCAUCCCGUCUUCACCAGGAAGCUCUACAUAGGCGGCGUGACCGAGGACACCAAGAUCUUCAGUUCCGUUCUCAAGAUAGUGGCUACCGAUCGGGACACGGGGAACUUCAGCGCCAUGGCUUACCGUCUCAUCAUCCCACCGACGGCGGAGGGCCAAGACAGCUUCGUCAUCGAGGCGUACACCGGCGUCGUCAAGUCGGCCAUGAUGUUUCGAAACAUGCGCCGGUCGUACUUCAGCUUCGAGGUGAUCGCCACCGACGACUACGGCGAAGGUCUGAGCAGCAACGCUGACGUGGUGGUGUCUGUGGUCAACGCUUUGGACAUGCAAGUUAUCGUGUCAACCGUCCCGCCCACUUUGGUUGAAGAGAAUAAGGACCAAAUCAUAAGUAUCCUGGAGAGUUACAUCCAGGACCAGAUCCCCGGCGCUAAGGUGAUAGUGGAGGCCAUCGGGCCACGUCGUCACGGCGACGGCUUUGAGCUGGAGGACUACAGCAAGUCGGACCUGAUGGUGUACGCCAUCGACCCGCUCACAAACAGGGCCAUUUCACGCCAGGAGCUCUUCAAAUUUCUGGACGGGAACGUUUUGGAUAUCAACAAGGAAUUUCAGCCUUACCUGGGCGAGGGCGGCCGAAUCCUGGAGAUCCGCUCGCCGGACAUCGUGGCAAGCGUGAAGAAGGCUGCCCAAGCCGUGGGCUACACCGAAGGCGCCCUCCUCGCUCUCGCCAUCAUCAUCAUCCUCUGCUGCAUCCCUGCCAUCCUCAUCGUCAUGGUUACGUAUAAGCAGUUCAAAGAACGACAGGCGGAGUGCGCCAAAACGGCCAGAAUUCAAAUGGCUUUGCCGCCGGGAGGCAAGGCAGCACCCACCAGCGGGGCCAACCUUUACGAAGAGCUCGGGGAUAGCAGCAUGAGGCGAGGCUACGGCAGACAGCAUCAGCAACUCCUCAGACCAUCUCUUCUGAGACCUGAGGAGCUCUCAAUGGAGUCCGGCAUCGAUCCCGGCCAAGAGUACUACGCCCAGGACUAUUAUAAUUACGAUCAAGGGUAUGACCUCCCUCAGUAUGGCAGUAGAAGGAGGCUGAUUGCGCCCAUGUAUGACGAAUACGGGGAGGUGAUUAUGGAAGAUGAUGGUUAUUACUACAGUCCGCAUGGCCCUGAGGGACGAGGCCGAGGAAGGGGACGCGGCGGCGUGAGGGGACGAGGUCCACCCAAAAGGGUGGCGUUUAGGGCGGACGAGGGAAUCGAGGAGGCUGAACCGGAAGCCCAAGCCGAGCCCUCCAAGGCCGCCAAGAAGCUCAAAUCUGUCAUCAAACUCAGCAAACUCCUGGCAGCCGCCAAGAGAGGAGAGCAGGCGCCGGCGGCUGCUGCCGGCCCGUCUCCAUGGAAGAAAGCCAAAAUGUUCAAGAUGUUUGGCGUCAAGAAAAAAGAUAAGGAUUACGCCAAAUUGAUGUCAGCACGCCGUAUUGACAGUCUGGAGAGUCUGAGUGAUGGGCCGUCGCCUGCGGGACCCAUCGACCGCAAAUCGAGCACUCGCAGCCGGCUGAGUAAAGUUUUGAAGAAAAUCAACAUCGGCAAGAAGUUGCAAGCCCGGAGAAAGUCGCAGAGUAGCGUGAGCGUCACUGGCAGCGAGAGGGACGAAGAAGCCUCACAAGUGACAAGCGAAGAAGAGAAGAAGUCCAAAGUGUCCAUUAGUGUCACGGAAAGUGAGCCAGAAGCAGGGACGAGCGGGAGCGCCAAGGAUAAAGACUCGGAUGACGAGUCGUCUGAGAAAAGCAGCGUGGACAGGGAGUAUCUGAAAGUGGAUUUAGAUCGGGACGACGCCAACGAAAGUACCGUGGACUCUGAAGAGGAGCCCGAUCAAGACCCAGGGGAUUCGGAGGAAGAAAGCAAAUCUGAAAGCGAAGGAACUGAAAAGGAAUCGGUCAGUGAGAAAGAAUCUGGUACCGAAAGAGAAUCAGAAAAAGAGUCCGAAUCCGAGAAGCCGUCAGGGACAGAGGAAGAGUCGGAAUCGGAGCAAGAGUCGGAAACAGAGAAAGACUCAGAAUCGGAGCAAGAGUCAGAAACAGAGAAAGACUCGGAGUCAGAAUCAAUCAAAGCGUCCGAUUCAGAGAAAGGAACAAUGACUGCAACGGAGAAGGGUUCAGAAUCAGAUGAGGAGUCAGAGACUGCGGGAAGCACCAAAGACAGUGGAUCUACUGCCCGCUCAUCCAUAAGAUCAUCAGCUACUGAGGCGAGCAGUACCAGUGGGAGUAGGCGGAUUAGUGGCAGCGGUAGUGUGAGCCGAAGCGCCAGUCAAAGUCGGAGCGAAAGCGGUAGUAGGACUCUUAGCGGAAGCGCAAGAAGUCAAAGUGCAAGCACCGGCAAAUCUGCCUCUGUAUCUGCUUCGAGUGUGAGGUCAUCAACCAAAACGUCAGGAAGCACAUUAACAUCUGAGAAGUCCGGCCAGGAGCUCAGCGAGGCAGAAUCCGGUACCGGAACAGUCAGCGAGUCGGAAUCAGGUACAGGAACAGUCAGCGAGGCCGAAUCAGGGUCAGGCAGCGAAGGCUCUUGGUCUAAAGGGUCAGGCCAGAGAAAAAUGUCCGGUUCAGACUCCGUCGGCGGGUCAUCCAAAGGCAGUCGGAUGACCGAGGAGAGUUCCUUGAGGAGCAGGAGAAGUUCCUCUGGUUCCGGGUCAACCAGCGGCAGCCUGCACUCCCGAAAGUCCGUCCUGACACACCGGACCGAGGGCACAAUCACAGAGGAGAGCGAAGAAGAAGCGUCGGCGUCCGAGUCAGCCAGUGACAUGAGCGACGGUGCCGCCUCCAGAAGGUCCAGCGUGGCGUCAGGAGGCGGGCCGUCCGCCCCUUAUAGCGUUCCCCCGUAUAACUCCGACAUCAGGAGCAUCAGCGGCACUUCCGAAGAGACCUACGCAGGAUUGUCACCCAUUUCCGAGGUGGACGAAGACGCCAUCUCCACAGAGAAAUCCGCAGCUAGCGGCUCCGGUUCAGAGACAGGUAAAGGAGAAACCGAGGCGACGUCAGACGCCGAUUCCGACUCUGAGAAGGACCUCACAGCCUUCUAGAAAACACCAUUGUCACUGUGAACUGGUGAGAAAGAAGCGGAUGAAGCUCGUGGUCGAUCGAGAAAAUGAGUCCACCUCCACCGGAGAGGAGAGCUCCGGCGAGACGCAGAGGUCCCGACCGUCGAGCGGCCACGGCAACAUCAACGGGAACAUUUACCUGGCCC